AUGGCUUCUUCGUCUUCUUCUUCUUCGUCUUCUUGCAAUUGGUCAUAUGACGUAUUUCCAAGCUUCAGCGGAGAAGAUAUCCGCAAGACAUUCCUCAGCCACUUUCUUAAGGAGCUGGAUCGGAAACUGAUCAGAUCUUUCAAAGACAGUGAGAUUGAGAGAGGCCGAUCGCUUGAUCCCGAGCUUAAACAGGCAAUUUUGGAAUCAAGAAUCGCGGUGGUCAUCUUCUCCAAGAACUACGCCUCUUCAAGUUGGUGUCUUAACGAACUCUUGGAGAUCUUGAGAUGCAAGAAAGAGUUGAUACCAAUUUUCUACCAUUUGGAUCCUUCCGACGUGAGGAAACAAACCGGAGAGUUUGGAGAGAUCUUUGACAAGACAUGCCAAAAUAAAACAGAGGACGAGAAAUUUCAAUGGAGGGAAGCUUUGACCAAUAUAGCUAAUAUUUUGGAGUAUCAUAUAGUCACCUGGGCUAAUGAAGCAAACAUGAUCGAAGAAAUCGCCAAUGAAGUUUUGAGUAAACUUAAUUUAACUCCAUCAGAUGAUUUUAAGGAGUUUGUUGGAAUUGAAGAUCAUAUCAAAAAGAUGAGCUCAUUGUUGUGCUUGGAAUCUCAACAAGUGAGGAUGGUUGGAAUAUGGGGUGCAUCUGGAAUUGGCAAGACUAUCAUUGCAAGAGCUCUAUUGUCUAGACUCUCUCAUCAGUUCCAAAGUAGUGUUUUCAUAGACAGAGAUUUCAUAUCUACAAGUAUAAAAAGAGCUGAUGUAGUUGACUAUAACACCAAGUUGCACUUGCAACGAAAUUUUCUAGCUAAACUCCUAGGGCAUAAGGAUAUAAAGAUAGAUCAUAUAGGUGGAAUAGAGAAUAUGCUCAAGCACCGUAAAACUCUUGUCGUCAUCGAUGAUUUAGAUGAUCAAGAUGUGUUAGAUGCCAUAGCGGGUCAAACUCAAUGGUUUGGAAAUGGUAGUAGAAUCAUUGUGGUUACUAAAAAUAAGCAUCUCUUAAGAGCCCAUGGGAUUGAGAACAUUUACGAGGUCUGUCUCCCAUCUUAUGACCUCGCUCUUGAGAUGUUUUGUCGAUCUGCUUUCAGGAAGAACUCACCACCUGAUGGCUUUUUUGAGCUUGCUUCUCAAGUUGUAUCGUGUGCCGGUAACCUUCCGUUGGGUCUUAACGUUUUGGGAGCUUCUUUACGUGGUAGGGACAAAGAAUACUGGACGGAUAUGCUGCCAGGGAUUCGAAAUGGUUUGGAUGAAAAAAUCGAGAAAACACUAAGAGUCGGUUACGAGGAGUUGAAUAACAAGAAAGAUAAAGCAAUAUUUCGUCACGUUGCAUGUCUUUUCAAUGGUGAGAAAGUGGAUGACAUCAAAAUGUUACUAGCGGAUAGUAACAUGGAUGUUAACAUUGGGCUUAAAAACCUAGUUGAUAAAUCCCUUAUCCAUCAAAGACACCACGGCACUGUGGAGAUGCACUCUUUGCUACAAGAACUUGGUAAAGAGAUUGUCCGUGCACAGUCCGAUGAGCCUGGUGAACGCGAAUUCCUUAUGGACUCGAAGGACAUUUGCGAUGUACUUGAAGAAAACACUGGUACUAAAAAAGUUUUGGGUAUAGCAUUGAAUUUAGAUGAGAUUGAUGAACUGGAUAUACAUGAGAGCGCCUUCAAAGAAAUGAAAAAUCUUCUUUUUCUAAAAAUUUCCUCUAGGGAAUGGUACAUGAAGAGAGAGUGGCACUUACCGGAUGGCUUCGACUAUUUCCCACCUAAACUAAGACUAUUAUCUUGGGAUAACUAUCCAGGAAGAUCUCUGCCUACUAGCUUUCGUCCUAAAAAUCUUGUCAAGGUCCAAAUGCGAGAGAGCAAACUAGAGAAGCUGUGGGAUGGAGCUCUUUCACUCACAACGCUCAAGAACAUGGAUUUGCGGGGAUCUAAAAGAUUGAAACAAAUUCCAGAUCUUUCCAAGGCCACUAGUCUCGAGAACCUUAACCUCAGCCACUGUUCAAGUUUGGUGGAGCUUCCUUCUUCUAUUCAGCAUCUCAACAAACUCAAAGAAUUGGACAUGUCAUUCUGCGAUAGUCUCGAGACUCUUCCCUCCGGGAUCAACCUCAAAUCUCUCAAUAACGUUAAUCUCGAAGGAUGCUUCUUGCUGAGAACCUUCCCUGAUAUCUCAACCAACAUCUCAGAGCUAAGUUUAAACAAGACAGGGAUCGAAGAGGUUCCUUGGUGGAUCGAAAACUUCUCUCGCCUCGGCCGGCUUUACAUGUAUGGAUGCAAGAAUUUACUAAACGUAUCCCUUAACAUGACUAAGCUGAAGCAUCUUCACAAGGCUGAGUUUUCAGAAUGUGGGGCAUUGACUGAAAGUAGCUGGAAUGAUACUUCGAGCGAGGUGGCAAUGUCAACAGAUGAUAUUCAGCCAAAGUUUCUUGAUGAGGAUUCUUGUUCUCAUCCAGAUGGCUAUUUCUCAAUGAUCAACCUAAGUUUCACCGACUGCUUAAACUUUGAUCCAGAAGCUCUGAUUAACCAACAAUCAUCUUUCAUGGAACUUAUACUAUUAGGUGAACAAGUGCCUUCAUAUUUCACUCACCGUACUACCGGAACCUCUCUCACCAACAUCUCUCUGCCUCAGAUCUCUCCCUCACAACCAGUCUUUAGUUUUAGGUGUUGCGCCGUGGUUGAUGCUGCUAAGGGUCCUCUUUCGUUUGAGAUCAAGAAUUGUUUUCGGUUCGUAGACAGGUUUGGGAGCCUCUUGGAAUCUGUUGAUCUUGUACGGAGCUUCUCAACAGAGAAGUUGGGUUGUUAUCUUGUUAUAUACGACUGUUACUUCCCUCUAAACGAAGAGAUCACUCCUCUUCUUGAUCAGCUUAAGAACGGUCAUAUGGAUAUAGAGUUUCGUAUCGUACGUGAAGAGUCUCAGCUACAGUUAAAAGGUUGCGAAGCUUGGGCUCGCUUCCUCUCCAAUUCACCGGCGACGAACGAUAAUCCGAGAAUCCCAGGCGGCGAGAGUUGCAACUCCAGUGAUACGAAGAUGCUUGAAGGAGUAGAUUCACUAACAUUCCCGAUGCCGAGAGAAUCGGAGUCCGCUUUUCGACUGAGAGCUAUCGUCUCCGAUAUGCUUCCUCUCUUCUCCGACGAUUACUCCGACGACGACGUCCUUACUGUUCGUUAUCUUACUUCCUCUUUGAUUCUGUUCGUCUGCUUGUUUCAGGAGUAUAUUACGGUGAUUGUUUGUAACGGGAAGAGUCAGAGACAGGCAAGAGACUAUUUGGAGGCAUUUCUUGGGGAGAAAUCUGGCGAAUUUGUUGCCUGCUUAUGGGAGCUUCUUUUGAAGGACUUCUCUCAAGGUAAACAAGAAAAUUCCGCUUCUGAACAGAAGACUGAUGUUGACUUUGGUUCUCAUGAUGAUGAUACUCUAAUCGAACAAGGUUCAAGCGCCAGAGGUCACAAUGACUAUGACCACAAAGCUACUAAUUGGAUGAACGAAAAGCUGAUAUCAUCUACUGAAGGAGAAGACGUUGAGACUCAUGCGUCACCAAAAGUUAAAAACCUGAGGACGUUACGACAAGAGCUCAUUAAUAGCCCUUGUAAAAGAGCACAGCGUAAAGAGAAAGAUGAUUGGAACUUGGCUGGUGUUAACUACACUAGAAAGAUACUGCGUUCCGUUGUCGUUUCAGCCACUAAGCAUCCAUACCGUAGGAAUCAUGAUAAGUAUGAAAAGUCGACGGAUAAAAGGAGUGGGAAUAUACAGAAGCGCCUAAGCUUUCCAGAGAGAGAAAGGAGGCAGACGUCUUCUCAAUCUGCAAGAUCUCGCGAUGUAGCUUCGCCCCAGGAAAUGAAGCCUCAUGUUAGUGUUUGGGAUCGUUUGAGCCGACCAAGUUCUAAGCUUGUUCUUGACAAUGAAUACACCACAUUGCCCAAGUUUAGGAUUCAAUCAGAUGAAAACAAAGCGUUUCUGCAGCAUGGACCAGCGUUUCCUGCAGCGUAUAAUGAACAGCGUAGCGAGGCAUUUCAAAGAAAAGUUCCUGCAGUCGGUUACAGGCUCGGAGUUAACCAGUCCCGUAAAGCUAGGCAGCUAGAGAGUGGAGCUAUUACAUACACUGAACCUCAUAUAGCCUAUAAUCUCAACAGAAAGAGGCGUUAUGGCAUCAUCAACCCCAGCGCAGGAGAUGAUUCAGUUAGUGAACUUAACAGUGUUCUUCAGUGUAAACAAGCUAAAGAGGACGUUGAAAAGCCAAACCUGCUCUCCAAUCAGUCUGCAAAGCCAGAUAUUUUUUCGGAAAUACUGAACAUGAAACAAAAGCUGCAACAACUCGAAGUCCAGAUUAGUCAAGCGAAGCAGCUGAAGAAACAGAAAGUUGGAGAACUCAAAAGCUCACCACAAUCUGGCGAAUUGCAGAAUCAAGAAGACGUCACAGAAUCAAGAAGCAUCCAUGUUACUAACGUACACUAUGCAGCGAGGAAAGAAGCCAUAUCAAUGUUAUUCAGCAAGUGUGGAGCUGUCGAGAACGUUGAAAUUGUAACUGAUCCAGUAACUCAGCAUCCAAAAGGUGCUGCUGCUGUGACUUUUGCUACGAUGGAGUCAGUUAACAAAGCAAUAGCUCUGAGCAACACAAUGUUCUAUUCAAGACCAAUCAAGGUUUCGAGGCACGGAGUAAUGGAAGAGAGCAUAUAA